UCCGUCUGCGAAAACUGCCUGCCCGAGAACCCGUUUGUCAAGAUGCUCAAGGAAGAUUAUGGAGCCGAAUGCAAAUUGUGCACGCGACCCUUUACCGUCUUCAGCUGGGCUGCCGAGCGCGCGCAGGGCCGCAAGAGGCGAACCAACGUCUGCCUGACGUGCGCGCGACUCAAAAACUGCUGCCAGAGCUGCAUGCUGGAUCUCAGCUUCGGCCUGCCCAUCACCGUCCGCGACGCCGCGCUCAAGAUGAUCGCGCCGGGCCCCCAGUCCGAAAUCAACCGAGAAUACUUUGCGCAGAACAACGAGAAGCUGAUUGAGGAUGGCAAGGCUGGGACUGAGGAGUACGACAAGACGGACGAGAAGGCGCGCGAUCUCCUGCGGCGCCUGGCUGCCAGCAAGCCGUACUUUCGAAAGGGGCGGACCGUGGACGAGGCAGAGCUUGCUGCCGCGAGAACCGGUGGCAACGCUGCUGUUGGCGCCGGUGUUGGAGGCGCUGGGCCUAUCCGAACUCGAGACUCAAGGGCUGCUGCGGCCGCCGGUGCUGGUCCGCGAUCCGGUGGGCGAGGAAAAGGCCGGCCUGCGUUUCCCAGCGCGGCACAACUUCCGCCGAGCCCAAAGGACUGGCUGCCGCCGGAUGAUGCCAACGUCAUGUCACUCUUCGUCACGGGCGUCGAGGAUGAUCUGCCCGAGUACAAGCUCCGCGAUUUCUUCAAGGCGCACGGCAAGAUCAAGAGCCUGGUGUGCUCACACAUGUCUCACUGCGCAUUCAUCAACUACGAGACGAGAGAGGGUGCCGAGAAGGCUGCGGCCGCGUGUCAGGGCCGGGCAGUGAUUGCGGGAUGCCCGCUGCGGAUUCGCUGGGGACAGCCAAAGGCGAUUGGAACGAUGGAUCGCGAGCAACGCUACCAGAUGCUCCAGGACGCCCGUAUCAGGCGCAACAACUCACAGCAGCAACAGAACGCCAUCGAGGGAGGGCAGCAGUCAGGCGCAUCAGGCGUCAAGGCUAUUGCGGCAGCACCUCCUGGUGGGGAAGAGACACCUGCUUAUGCCAGUCUGGCUGGAGAGUAGAGCAAUUCGAUGCUCUGAUUCGAUUUAUUCAUCUUUACAUCAUAUUCCGGCGUUUUUGGGCGUGUUUUAGGGAAACUAUAGCGGGGAAAUGCAGCAGUUUUAGAUGCUUGAGGAACCAAAGAAACAAUGACAAGGUAGAAAUGUCGAUAUAUUGCGUUGGCUGAUGUUAUGUUUGACAGGAUUGGAUUGGAGGGUAUCAUGACGAGGUUCUAUAGUUACAUAUUUCUUUCCUUUCUCUUCUUCAUACAAUGAUAAUACACACGAGGCUUGCCUUGGUCAUUUGCAGCCACAGCCGCCACCGCUCUGUUUGCCGCUGCCUGCCGUUAAUACGCUGUCGUUGUCGCCUCGCUCGGUGUGUUCGUGUAUCCGGAGCUCUGAAGGGCAUUGAUUAGUAUAAGAUUCCCG